AUGAGAAGGAGAAGGAGCAGGAGGGACCAGGAGGAGGAGAGGAGUAGGAGGCAGGAGGGACCAGGAGGAGGAGAGGAAGAGGAGGCAGGAGGGACCAGGAGCAGGAGAGAGGAGAGGGAGGCAGGAGGGACCAGGAGCAGGAGAGAGGAGGCAGGAGGGACCAGGAGGAGGAGAGGAGGAGGAGGCAGGAGGGACCAGGAGCUGGAGAGAGGAGAGGGAGGCAGGAGGGACCAGGAGCAGGAGAGAGGAGGCAGGAGGCACCAGGAGCUGGAGAGAGGAGAGGGAGGCAGGAGGGACCAGGAGCAGGAGAGAGGAGGCAGGAGGGACUAG